AUGAAAGAAAAGCAACAGCAUCCAGUGUCGCAGAAAGUUGGUUUGUUUACUCCGGUGAUCCCUCUAUUCGACAAAAUGGGCGGGUGGAUUAAAAAGCUGAGUAAGGCACUCAAGAACAUUGAUCCAACCAACAAGGACUCCACCAUUCGUGAUGAGGCAUCAAGAUUCAGUAACAGCGUACGCCAGCCUCUAUGGGAACUCUCUGCAUGGUUUGAUUUUCCCGACGAUGUUGCGGCUGCUACUCGAGCCUACAUUGUAGACCUAGACAAGCAGGCGAAAGACAAAUACAAGCCUCUGCCACCGUGGCUACGAAUGGUGUUGGAUGACUUGGACGCCUACCCGAUCGAGAUCAACAACAUUUUUUACGCGGAGGGUAUCGAUACCAAACAUGGAAAUUCAAUCACAAUCGGAGCGAUCAUUUACUUUCCGCGCGCAAUCAAUCUUGAUGACAAGAUUAAUCACUCGAGGGAGGACCUUUGCACGAUGCUUCAUGUCCUCGAGCACGUUGUCCAGUAUAAAAGAGAAGGCGGAGUAGGGGCGCUUCUUCACAAAUACUUUCUUCAGCCGCUGGUCAGCGCUGUCGCUCACGGCUCUUCUGCAAUCAACAUUCAUGGUAAUGAAGAGCUCGAAAAGGAUGCAGAGAAUAAAGCUAGUGGCCUGAUCGAACGAGUCACUGUGGCAGCAAAUGAUAUUCCCGUCGAGUAUCCAGCAGCGGUAGUGGUAAAUUCAACAGCUGGUGGCGGUGGGGGCGGAGACAGACCUUCGACUUCAGGACGCGCAAUGGAAACGGAAUAG